AUGCAUAACAGCUCUACAAGGGACGUGGGUAAGCACAGGAGACAAAUGGCUGCCUUGGAGGCACCGUUUCCUGUGCGUAUCGCCCGCAUCGCCGGCCGCUACCUGGUCUUCGACACCGAGGCCGCGGCCCUGCUGCGGCGGCAGGUCAACACCAACGGCGUGCUGGUGGGCACGGCACCGCAGCAGCCGACGCAAAACAUCUUUCUUGGCCUACCCAUCGAGCUGCGGCCCGAAGAGGUCGAGGCCCUGGUGCGCAAGGGCGCCGCGUAUGUCGUAGAUGGCGCCGCCGCGCACCGAGACACCCUCCAGUCGUAUUGGGAUCCCGCCCUCCGCCGCGCGUAUAUAGAGUCCCUCCGCAAGCAAAAGGAAAUUGCACAGGCUGCCCUCGCCGAGCGCAGCGCCCAGCGUGCCGCCGAGGUGGCUGAUAAACUGAAGCGCGGCAAGAACAAAAAGGGCGCUGCUGCUGCCGCCGCUGCGGCAGCCGUCGCCGUCGCCGCUACAGAUUCGCCAGACAAAGCAGACGGCGGCGUAUCGCAAGUAAAGACCAUAGGCGUCACGCCCACGUCCAGCACUGACCUCGUACCGGCCAGCGCCCUCGCCGAGCACCGCCGCGCCGACGAGCUGUCGCUGCACGAGGCCGCGCCGCUGUGCAGGCACCUGCUCGACAACGGCUACCACAUGACGCCCGGCCUGCGCUUCGGCGCCCAGUACAGCGUAUACCCUGGUGACCCCCUGCGCUUCCACGCCCACUUCAUGGCCAGCCAGUACGACUGGGACGAGCCGAUUCCCAUCCUAGACAUUGUCGCUGGCGGCCGGCUCGCCACGGCCGUCAAGAAGGCAUUUCUGCUCGGCGAACAUUUUGCUUGGAAUGGGCUGCCAUGUAACAUUACACACAAAAACCAUGAUUGCAUUUUUUACGAGCGGCGUUUUAUGGACUCAGGACAAAUAUAG